UUUUAAUAUAAUUUAUUUUAUCUUAUUAUAUACCUAUUGUAGAUACCAUGUUAAUUAUUUUGCUUUUAGACAUUAUUCUUAUUCUCAUAUAAAUAAUACCACUGCGGUAAACCGAAGCUACCGACAUAUACAUUUAAAUAUAGUGUAUAGAAUUAAAUUGCAUGGGAAUCUAAUCAAGUGACCCCGGCGACUUGAAGGUCUAUCGUGUAUUGUUUAGGUAUGUCGGUUUGGUCAGCUAGUACAGUCGGCAAUAAUUACCACCUCGGGCAUCCUCCCAGUCGUUACACUCAUUCUAACAAUUGGUGCCCAAACCCAACCAAGUAAAAAUUGGACCCCAAAUUCCUGUUAAAAACAUAAGUGCGUGAUGGCAAACGAGGGCGCGAUGAAUGCUGAUGACGCCCUACACACGCCAGCGUAUCUCUCUUGGAGAAAGUUACAGCUCAGUCGAGCUAAACUUAAGGCAUCCAGCAAAACUUCAGCACUCUUAUCUGGAUUUGCAAUGGUAGCAAUGGUUGAGGUACAACUAAAUACGCCAACAACAAUUCCCGCUGGUAUGUUGGUAGCGUUCACAGUUUGUACUACAUUGUUGGUAGCAGUCCACAUGCUGGCUUUGAUGAUCAGCACAUGUAUCUUACCAAACAUUGAAGCUAUUGGUAACCUCCACAGCAUAUCCUUAGUUCACGAAUCUCCCCACGAGAGAUUACAUUGGUAUAUAGAGAUUGCAUGGGCCUUUUCAACAUUGUUAGGUCUUAUCUUAUUCUUAGUAGAAAUAGCUAUUCUCUGCUGGGUGAAAUUCUAUGAUUUGAGCCCCACGGCCGCCUGGUCCGCCUGUGUUCUUCUAAUUCCAGUUAUGAUAAUUUUUUUAGCAUUCGCCAUACACUUUUAUAUGUCAUUAGCCACACAUAAAUAUGAAGUUGUCAACUGUGGUAUAAAGGAAUUAGAAUUUUUGAAAGAACAAAUUGAACUAGGUGAUCAAGACUCGCGAAUGAAUAACAUGACACUGUUUGAUCAGGCCCGAGUUGUAUGAUUUAGUAUUUUUAUAUGGGAAUGUUAUAAUUUAUACUUUUUGUUGCUCUUUACAGUAGGUAAGAAAAAUAUACUUAAAUUGUACUUAAGACUUGAGGUGCCAAUUAGUGAUUGCACUAGAUUUUGUAAUAGUAACAAAAAAAUUGUCACAGCCAAUUUUAUGAAUCUCUCGCAUCUCUCUAUUAAACAAGCAAUAUUUGACUUAAUAUAUAACAAAUUCAUUUGAAAUGAUAUAUUCUAUUACAUUAUUUAAUCGUAUAAUUUUAUUCAAUAUAUUAUAAUUAAUAGUUCGUGUACAACCAAAUUUUAGUAUUAAUUUUAUUAAACUUAUUUUACUUAAUAUUUUAUGUCUUAAAAUAAAUUAAAUGAAUUGUACGUAAUAUAUUCUUAUUUAUGUGAAAAAGAUGAACACAAUAAAAGAUCAUACGUUUUGUCUUAGAUUAUGCUCGAAUUUGCAAGUGUGGCGAAAAGAUACAUUGAAGGGGGUAAUAUUAAGAAAUCAAACAGAAAAAGAAAUUAUUGAGUUUAAUAUGAAUUAUAACCUUCGAAUUUAUAACGGCCUCGUACAAUGUAUUGACCUUGAAACUUAAAAAAUGAGGUCGCAAUAUAAGAUUGUUGUAUCUUGAAUCAUGAUACGAUAUCUGAAUUGACUCCUUAAUUAUAACAAUUAUAUAGAUACCGGCAAACAUCUUGAACAAAUGUGCCUGCGCAGAAGCGACUUUUAGUUGUCACUGGGAAGGGAGGGGCGGCGG